AUAAUGAAGAGAAAGACUGACAGAAACAGAAAAUGGCUGAUCAGUGUGAUCUGUGUCUGCUGGGACUGAUCAUUCUCUCUUCACUUCUCACAGGUACCAGUGGAGUGGAUUAUGAUCAUGUGUUCAUCAGUCCUGGUGAAAAUGUCCGUCUGCCCUGUAAUAAUACUCUUUCUGACUGCAACUCAACUACAUGGAUCUAUAACAGUUUCAGACAUUCAGCAGAAGUUGAACUGAUUGAUGGAGGGAUAAAGAAUAAAGACACAGAGAGACAUGAGAGACUGAGUCUGGGGUCUGACUGCUCUCUGAACAUCAAGAACGUCACAGAAGAAGAUUAUGGAUUAUAUACCUGCAGACAAUAUGUGAAUGGAGAACAAGAACCUGAUGCUUAUGUCUAUCUGCAUGUUCUUCAUGUUUCAGUGUCUCCAUCAUCAUCAUCAUCAUCAUCAUCAUCCUCACAGACUGAGAUCAGUCCAGGUCGCUCUGUGACUCUCUCCUGUCAGUUGUAUACUGUAUUCCCCUGUGAUUAUUGGGUUCGUUAUGAGGGUCUUCAGCUGUUGUGGGUGAAUCAGGCUGGUGUUGAUCUGAAGACAGACUCCAGAUAUCAGAUAUUAUUCUCAUCAGAUCAGUGUAUCAUCACUCUGACUACAACACUCCUGAAUGAAGAUGACAACAGAGAGUGGAGAUGUCAGCUUACUCGCAGAAAUCAACUCCAGACCUCAGUCAGAUACACUGUCAAGUAUUCAGUCAGCAGCUCAAACUCUGAGAAGAAAUCAAGCCAAACUACAGCAGCAGCUCCUACACAAGGUCCAGCUGACACAGCAUCAGAAACUGUCAUCUGUGUGACUGCUGGAUCAUUAUUCAGAGUGAUUGUGAUUAUUGUUGAGAUGGCAGUGUUUGCUGCUCCUACUGUGAUUCUUCUUCAGAUCAUCUGUGCAAGAAGAGCUGGGAGGAAGGACUCGCAGCACCCAGAGGAAAUAGAGAUGCCUACAAUAUUACAAUAAAAUACUGCUGAGUUUGGAGACCAUCUGAAACAAGAUUUAAAACAGCAAAAACUCACAGAGGAUUGUUCAUUGUUUGAUUUUCUUCUUCUCAGAAAACAGAGAAAAACUCCCUGAAGAAAUAGUGACACCAUCAAGUUUAGAUUCAAAUAUCUUGUACAAAUAAAAGGCCAGAUUUAUGUUCAUUUAUAUGGUUUGAUGGAUAUUUUCCUACAGUGUUGAAUGUCAUUUUCUUGUGCUUCAUAUAUAAACUGCUUUAAAUAUAAUAUUAAAUACAGUAAUGGACAGACUGUUUGUAAAAUCCUCUCUCUGUUCUGUGUGAUGAAGAUGAUUUGCUGAUUCUCAUAUCUUAUCUUUUCAUUCCUGUUUUUAGCAUCUUUGUUCAUUUUGAAUGAUUUCUACUAAUUUUCUUAAUUAAACCUCUGUAAUUGUUUAAUAUGUCUCUUUCCUG